AUGGAAAAUCCAAUUUCCAAUAAUUGGCUCGUGUACCUGGCAGCUGUUUCCUGUGCGGAGAGAGGACUGAGGUCACAUUUGCUUCUCAGAGGAGAACAACCUAAAAUUCCUACUGGUUACAAUCUGAUUUCCAUGUUAUAUGGAAGUGCCAUUUAUGUACCUAGAUUUCUUUUUUCCAAGAGGGAGGAAAUGCUUGCAAAACAUGCUGAUUUGGUAGCAGACGGUAGCGGUUCUGUUGUAUGGCUAAGUGACAUUUUAGAGGCUUCCUUGACAACUCAAAUAUUUGGUAAACCGAAUUGUGAGCGACUGGAUGUUCAUAGAUAUGUUGAAAGUUUAAAAAGGGUUGUUAUUGUCAAUGAAGGUGCAGGAGAUGCUGUAGGGUUACUAGGUGUCAGCUGUCUUGUGCAGUACUUAUCCCAGAAUCAUGUUUUUGGAAAAGAGCAAGCCUUUGAAAUUGUUGUAGAUGUUGGUACAGGAACAACAGCCAUUGGUUUAGGACUUGGAGCCUACGUUUAG